GCCGUAUCCCCAACUGAUCCGCAAACUGCUGGAGCGCGUCCCGCGAAUAAAAUCGACUGACGCGCGCGAAUUUCGCUGAGUGCUUUUGCUUGUGUGAUCCGAUUUCAUGUGAAGUUAAACGCGAGGAAAAUUCAACUCAACCGGAUGUGAGUGUGUGAACCGAGUGCGAAAAAGUUUUGGUGUUUUGUUUGUUUUUUCUAGUGCGCGAAAGUGAGCGGAAAUUGGAAAAUGACUACUGACGAGGAUCCAGGCACUAGUGCAACGAGUGUACCCAAAAUGGAAAACCCUCCGACGCCGAGCGCCUCCGAUUCCCUCAGCUCCCAAAGGGUAUUUAAAAAGUCGUCGCCAAACAACAAGUUAACGUUGUAUUUGAGCUCCCGCGACCUAGUUGUAUCGCAGGGCCGGAUUGACCGAUUGCAGGGUGUCCUUCUGGUCGAUCCCGAAUUCAUUGAGAACCGAAAAGUCUACGGUCAGGUCACACUAACCUUCAGAUACGGUCGCGAGGACGAAGAAGUGAUGGGGCUGAAGUUCUGCAACGAGGCCAUAAUGUGUCUGGCCCAGCUCUACCCACCCCACCAACCUUCAGAUGAUUUCCCGCCGGAGCCCAACACACCCUUACAGGACGCCCUAAUAAGACGUUUGGGCAGCAAUGCUUACCCCUUUAGCAUGGAAAUUACCCCAUUGGCACCGCCCAGCGUCCAGUUGGUGCCUGCCAAGGAAUAUAAUGGGGCACCAAUCGGCACCAGCUACGACAUUAGGGCCUAUGUUGCGGAAAGGGCGGACGAGAAACUCCACAGACGUACAACGGUUCGCAUGGGCAUUCGAGUGGUCCAGAGGGCGUAUGCACCCCCAUCCCCACAUAUGUAUGUACCCGGGGGUGGCGCCCGUACCAAUAAGGAGAGGGCAAAACAGAACCGAAAAGCUUUACUAUUCGGAUGUAAAAGCUCCCCCUUAGAAGCGAAGUUCCCAAAGGAGCCGGAACAAAACAAGUCGCGGUCGGUGGAGGCGGUGGGCAACAGCAUCGCGGAGGACACACCCUACACCGGAAGCACCAGAUCCACCGGCACCGUCGUAGAACGAAUAUCUCGGGAAAAAUCGCAAAAAGAAAGGACAACAGACGACGAAAACGAGACGAGCGCACCGACCAUCACUGUCGAAUCGACGACGGAGAACAAGAGCGUGUCGUUUCGAGAGCAAGAACAACAUUUGACGAACGGUGUGGACGACAAGCCGGAACCGGUCGCGUCAGACCAUGAGGAGGACGACAAGAAGAUCGCGGAGAACUUCCGUUCGUUGUGUGGCGGGAAACGACCCAGCUUGGCGGCCUAUUUGGCUGGCGUGCCCGCGCCCAAGGCGACAGUGGAGAAACCGUUCCUGCUGAGCGACGGCAGGGUGGUGCUUUCCGCCUCCCUCGAUAAGGCCAUCUACUCGCACGGUGAGGAGAUACAUGUCAACGUCAAAAUCAGGAACAACAGCACCAAAACUGUUAAAAGAAUCAAGGUUUUUGUAGUUCAACAUGUGGAUGUGUGCAUGUUCUCUAAUGGCAAAUUCAAAAAUGUGGUGGCGAUGCUUAAUACGAAGGAUGACUGUCCGUUGCAUUCAGGCGCAACAAUGGAUAAAACGUUUACACUUUUGCCAAUCAAGAGUUCCACCAAAAAUUGGAUAGCCUUAGAAGACUCUUACACGAAAUCUGGCACUAGUCUCGCCUCGACUGUUACCACCAGCGAAAACAAUCCAGAUGACAGAAAUGUAUUUGCCAUCUACGUAUCGUACUACGUGAAGGUGAAGCUGGUGGUGAGCGUGAUGGGUGGCGAGAUCGCCCUCAAACUGCCCUUCACCCUAAUGCACACGUGUCACUCACACGCAGAAUUAGAACACACCGAAUCGCUCACCAGACUAGGUCGGCGGCCGUCCGCACGCGACGUCCAUCUCGAUCUGAAGAACAACGCACCGACAACGGCGCCCGAUCGACUACCGCCCGAGAAGGACGGCACGUGAGACAACGAAAAGACCGUGGUGGAAAUCAACAAGACGGUCGAGGAAGACAGAUCUGCUACAACAUCAGCGACACAACCUGAACGUCGGCGAUCGUCGGCCGGAAGUUCACGUCGUCCCAGUCACCGGGAGAACCUGGACGAGAUCGUGACUCUGACCAGGGGCGAACCCGAACCUCCAGCUUUCCAACCUUCGCCGACUCCAGCUUCACAAACGCCCGCCCCGAAAGGCGAAGACCGGACCAAGGAUGAUGGAGGUCGCGACGGAGGCGGUUUCAGCAUACACCGGGCUUGGUGUUGUCUGAUGACGAGACGCACUUCAUAACGCCACGUGUCGACGUAGGGACCACGAUUUUAUCAAAUAUUUAGUGACUGGAAUCCUCAUCGUUGCUGAUGUUGAAGUGUCGGGGACGGAUAGUUCAAUUGUGGGUACAUAUCUCAAAGUGACUGAUUUAAAUCAUAAAUGAAUUGUUGUUAAGCUGUGUACUGACAGACUUGGGCUGGUACAUAAAUUUUAUUAUUGUAAACGAAUUUAUACCCUAUGAUAUACUACACAAAUUUUAUCCAAAAUGUGUGUUUUGAAUUACGUGGUUUGGCGAUAACUUGGUAUAUUAAUGUUUUAUGUAUAUUAGGCUUCAUGUAUAAGAACUAAUGUAAAUAAUAAAUAUAAUUAAAGUAAAUUAAAACAAAUAAUUACAAGAAAGACAGUAAAAUAUCUAUUUUGUUUCGUUUAUAUCUCUUUGUAUUUUGUUGGGGCAACUGGUAUUCAUUUGAAAGUAAUUAUUUAUAAAGAUGGAUAUUCGCUUUUUUACAUUAGUUCUUCAAUACAUGGUAAAAUUAUUCAAGAUUAAUUGCAACACAAUUUUGCACAUUGUUAAAUAAACUAUUUCAAAUACACAAAUGCAUUUUAAGAAUUGUUUUCCAGUUUGUCUUCUCAUUAAAAUUAUAAAUAUACAUAUUGUGUCAAAAGUUGAUUAAUACCAGCUAUAUUAUUCUAGUAAAUAUGUAUGUAUAGGACUGACAAAUUGUAUGUUUGUACGUAUGCAUGUAUGUAUGUGUAAAUAGAAAAUGUGAACGUUACAACAAAUUUAGUUGAAAGCGUUAUUGCAUGUGCACACAGGAAUUCCCCAAACAAUUAAUAUAUUAAUGUUAACGAAAACCUAUUGAAUACUCCAUGUAUGAUUCUUGUGCACAUAUAUGCGACCAGUAGUAAAAUUUUGCACGGAUUUAGUUUUGAAUUGGAAUCCAAUUGGGACCAAAGGCAGCCAUCCUCUAAAUAAAUGGGAUGUCUGGAUUUGCGGUCGCACUGAAUGUAGCCUAGUUGAGAACAGAUCAGAUAUUUUGUACCUAGUGAUUUUGUAAACCAACUAGCGUGGAGCUGAUCCGGCCAAACGAAUGAAUUCUUUAACAGUUCCGUGUGCCAGUCUAUUUCAAAAUCCAAAAAACUUUUUUUUGUUUAGUUAAUAUUUCUCACACAGUGUCCACUAACCUUCCGCGUUGCAACAGGCCUUUGUAAAUAAUUUUGUAAGGGUAUUGUAUACUAUACUUUAAUCUGAUGUAAAUAAAAAGGGUCUCGAAACUU